AUGGCUCCACGAGUGAAGUCCUUGGCUGAUGAUCAUCUGAAGAGCAAGAAGUCUGUUUUCAAACAGAGAUUCCCCGGUUUCAAGAAGAAAGCGACAGAGCUCUCUGUUCUCUGCGGAAACUCCGUGCGAUUCAUCUGCUACGGUCCCGACGAAAAGGAUCUCCAUGUCUGGCCUGAGAACCCAAAAGCUAUGCAACAGAUCGUGGCCAGAUUCAAUGCGCAGAGCCAUCUAAAGAGGAAGAAGAACGGCUGCGAUCUCAAGCCCAAGAUUGGUGAGAGUCGAAAUUAG